GAUAAUAAGAAAUUGAAUUUAUAAUUUUAAAGAUAUAAGAAUGUAGAAUUUAUUAUUCUGCAUCUAUGCUGGCUACCAUUCUUUAUCUACGCAAGUACCACAAAAAUUGACAAUUGACAUAUACUUGUCAAAUGUGACAGACAAGAAAAAAUACAAUUUUUAAUUAUUAUGUGAUUACUUAUUUUAUUUAUUUUUUAUAACAAAUGCUUAUAAUACCUAUAUUAUAUAACUUAUUUCAUUUAAUUUGUACCUGAAUCAUAAAUCCAAAUGAAAUAACUUUGUCUUUAUUUCUCUGACGAUUUUUAUAUUUACAUAAAAUAUAAACAUUGUAAUGCUCAGAUCUAAAUUAGUUUUUCCUAGACUAUCAAUUUUUGGCCAAUACACACAGCGAAAAUCAUAUACUUCUGCAUCGUCUGUAACGGAGGAGGAAAAAGAGAAGGAAUUGGAGAGAAUUGCUAGAGAUGCCUCCAUAGACGAACCGCCGACAGCAUGCUGUCAAUCCGGGUGUGCCAACUGUGUGUUCAUAGUGUGGGCGGAAGCACUAACCAGCAAGAUGGAUAAUGCUGGCCCAGAAAUUGCUGAGAAAAUAUUGAAACUUGUAGAAGAUCCAUCGAUGAAGGCAUACUUGGAAAUGGAAUUAAGAUUGCGUGGACUCAAAAAGUAGAAAAUCCCUAUUAGACCAUUGUCAGUAAUUUUAUUGAAGUUCCAUUAAAACUUCUCAUAAUGAUUAUACUGAAAUAUAUUGUUUAAAGGAUUCAAAAAACAUUUUUUUUGUAAUUAAGUAGUUUUUAUGUGUGUAAUUAUUGUAAAUAUUACUUUUAGUAAAAUAAUUGGUAGUUACUUAAAUAUUUUAUAUAUUUAAAUGUGAAUAUUAGUUGAUACAGUGAAAUUGUAUAUAGGUUUCUAUUAUGCUAUUUAGUAAAAUUAUUCCUACCUGC